ACCAAUCCGCGCUGUCUUGGCGAUUAAAUGAAGCGCACUGAUCGAUUGACAAUCACAUUAAUUGGACGGUACCGACGUGUGGGCGGUUUCAGACGUCAAAGGGAAGUUUCCAGAACACUGGUUUUUGGACAACGUUGGGCAGAAAGUAAUGGCCUCUGUUUUAGCGGGGAUUUUUGCGGACGACUCGGAAAACGAGCAAACAUUUUACGGCUUCUCUGACAGCGAGCUUAAGGAUAUACGUUUUGAAGAGGAGUCUGAGUCUGACCUUUCACCCAAGAUGGAGGAGCCUACUGCAAAACUUUCCACCAGACAGAAGCCCUUCAGGCUAAGGGUGGCACUCCGCUCCAAAACUCAACACUCCGGUGAGGAGAAGGAGGACAGUGAUGAUGAUGAUGAUGAUGAUGAUAUAGAGGUGGAAAACAGGGGGAAAAAGAAAACAGGAGAGAGUGUGGAGACGAGAAGGGAGAGACAUGUUCAAUUUAAAGAUGAGCCAACAUCCCCUUGUUUGGAGUCAGGAUCUGAUUCAAAGCAGGGAUCUUUCUUGGAAAAGAGGGCGCAAAACAUUAAGGCCAACAAAGCAAUGCUUGCUCAGCUUAUGGCAGAUCUGGAAAAAAUGCCAGGACGUGAAGGGUUCCUGAAAAACCAGGCAGAAAAGCAAAAGACAAAACGUCAACCCCGCUCCGGUGCAGAUGGAUUCCAAUCAAGGAGGAAUCCAGACCGGGCUUCCCGUAGACACACCCGCUCCAUGGGAGGAAGCGAGGAUUCUUCAAGCACUAAAGAAGAAGUUGAGCUCAGCUUGGAGGAGGAGUUGCUGGAGGUACGUCGAGCUCCACAGCGCCGUGGAACCCCACGACCCGCGAAGAGCAAACCUCACGUUGUCCGCCCAGUGGAGGACAUCACAGAGGAAGAGCUUGAGCUGGUUGCAGAAAAUAUGACUGAGAAAGUCUACAACAGCGUCUCGGGCUCGACGUGUCAUCAAUGCCGGCAGAAAACAAUUGACACAAAGACUUGCUGCCGUAGUGAAGAAUGUCGAGGCAUUCAGGGUCAGUUCUGUGGGCCGUGUCUGAGGAACAGAUAUGGAGAGGAUGUGAGGAAGGUGCUGCUCGAUCCGGGGUGGAAGUGUCCUCCCUGUAGGGGCAUUUGCAACUGCAGCUUCUGCCGUCAGCGUGAAGGCCACUGCCCAACCGGCAUCCUGUUUCCUCUGGCCCAGUACCAUGGCUUCUCUGACGUCCACUCGUACCUCAGCAGCCUCCGCCAAAAACUGAAAGCUGAGGAGAACGACGUGGAGAUGUGAACUUCAGCGUAUACUCUUGACAGUUUUAAUUUGUAACGGUUUUAAAAUUGAGCUCUGUCAUUUCUUUCUCGCGCCAAUAAAGUCUCUUUAACCAGCUGAUUGUCCAAUACAAGUCUGAACAGAAUGAGACCAAAUAUAUAUUCAUAAUUUUAAUCCAGCUGUUGGCAAUUGCAGUAGUUGCAUACACAAAAUAUAAAAUCCCUUAUUUAAAACAGGGCAAAAAAGAGCACUUUGUCUGAAGUUUUGAAGAGUUAAUUUUUAAACAUAAUUUAUACAAGUUAUAUUAUUAUUUCAAAUCAAGCAAAGUAUGGAAGCGAAAAAAAAAAAAAAAAGAAAUCAGAAAAGCUGAUGUAACCACUUUGUUAUCACCACCUCAACAGGGAUGUGCCUGAGGUUUGCUGCACCUUGCCAGUUAGGACUUUUAACAUGCAUAUCAUGUAAGUAAAAAAAUAUUAGAAAAAUUAAUGGUGGACCAAAAAACUGAUUUUAGUUUUCCUUACAAAAUGAGUAUGAACCUUUGGUUUUGAGCUUAUGUGUAGGCUGUUCAGAUUCCGCUACAAAAUGUUUCACUAUAACCACGUUACUAAACGAUGACGUACCCCAAUCCCCCCCCCCCCACAAACAGAAAAUAAAGACCCCCAACAUGACUGCAGAGACAGUCACCAAUGAUUAAUAAUAUACCACUGGAAAAACUAAAUACUGGGAAGAUCUGGACUGCAUAGAAUGCACGUCAUUCUACGACAGGAAGGCUCAAGUUUACACAUUUCAUCUACACUUGGAUAUAUUUAUAUAUAUAAAAUAAAAGGUUAAGUGAUUGUGCAUGAGGCUCAUACAACUGUAAGGCAAUGUUUUCGACCGUAUAACAUGAUCCCUCCUAUGCUAAGACUUAUUAUUAGCCUUUAACAAAAAAAUAUUUACAUGACAAAAAAAAGAAAGAAAAAAA